AUGGCAGCAUCCCUCGCCAGAGAGACUCCCACCGAAACGCGAAAGGAAAGCGACCUCCGUAACGGCAACAAGGAGGAAGAAGCGGAGGAAAGGGAGGAGGAAAAGGAGAGAGAAGCUCCCUUGGCGACAGACAGCGCGUCAUCGGCGGCGGGAAAGGUACGGAGCAUGUCCGCUGCCAAGCCAAAACACCCCGCCACUGCCACCAAAACGAAUCAUAAUAAUACCAAUAGGAAUGACAAUGCGAGUGCGGCCGCGCCGGCCUCGUGGCGGCUGCGCCUGCUGAAGCCGUUGAACGCCCAAACGCAAGCGCGGCCGUCCCCGCAAGGAUGCGGUUGCGGGGUCGAACGGCUGCCGCCACCGCAUCAGCAUCAACAACAGCAUCAGCAAGCGACGUCAACGUCGACGAGAGAGGGAAGUGCACCGGCGACGACAAACAACAGCAGCCGCAUCAGCAGCGGGACGAGCAGCCCGGCGGUCGAAAACGUCCCAUUCAACACCGAUGACAACGCCCCACACGGCAGCGGCAGCGGCCACAGCAGCCAUGAGCAGUGGGAACACACCUCGAGCCUUCCAAGCGCCGCCGGCGGUGCGGAGGACGGCGUGGACCACUUGGAGCUGCUGCCGCCGGCGCCGGGCGAAGCGGGAGCGGACGCCGGCGUCCCUCGCGACGGGAGAGACGGAGGUGGGCGUCACCUCCGCGACCGCAACGGUUGCUGCAGCGGAGCAGAAAGCAAAAGAAGUCAAGGGGAGGAGGAGGCAGAGGAGACGAACGAAAACAAGUCUCUCGCCGUUCUUUUCGCCGGCUCUGUCGCGUCGUUAGCCGAGCCCUCCCAUCCAUCGCCGACCAAGAAGACGCCAGGCGCUCCUACAGCUGCGGUAACGACAACUGCAGCUGCUCCUUCCGCUGCUGCUUCAGCGGCGGCCCUCGCACCGGGUGCGGGUGUAGUCAUGGACUCCAUCCGAUCUCCCCGACGAAUCUUCACACGUGCCUCUCUCUCCGGUCUGCACCGCCCGCUGCGGCCGGCUGUGAGGCGCGCCACCUUUCACAGCGCUGCCGCCUUCCUGGCCUUCUCCCGCGCCGAGAGUAAGCACCUCGCGCUCGAUCUUGCCCAUGCUGCUGCCGCUGCUGCAAGCGCAUCGGCAGCGCCGCAGACGUCCUCCUCUUCCUCGUCCUCCUCCUCCGCGACGCCGUCUGCAUCAAGCGCCCUCUUAGUGACCCUUCAGGCCAAAGACCAAACAGACAGUGCCCUUCGCGAGGACAUGAGGCGCAGCGUUCAACAGGCGCUCGCCACGGCGGCUCUGAUGGGCGACACUGCCCACGCCGCCGUUCAUGCCCUGCAGACGGCCGCCAGAGAGACCCGCCAAUGGGCACUUCCGGCGACUACGAAGCGCCCACAAAGGCGACGGCGACGAUGGCAACUGCAGCAGCAGCAGCAGCGGUGCUUUAGUCCGCAACGAGGGCAGUGGGAAGACGCAGGCGGCGGCGGGCGAGGAAGAGCUUCUCCACCCCAUCGCCGCCUUCCCCCGUGA